CUGUCAAAUCAGAUAAGUAAUUUUGUAAUUGUAGAAUUUAGUCUGAAGAUGGCUGUCUUCUGGGUUGAUGCGCCUGCGCCCUGUAAGCACAAAACCUAGAAGACAGCCAUCUUUAAUCUUGAAAUUGAUUCAUUCUAGUGGCUGCGGAGUACAUGAGGGUAUCGGAGCUUAUAGAGCAGGAGACGCUGUAGUAUAUGGAUUUAGUGUGUAAAGAAAAUUUUGUCUUCUUUAUAUAGCGUUAAUGUACAAAAAUGUCUGACUGUAAAGAAGAACUCUCAAACGAGAGAUUCGAAUGGAAUGGAGACGGAAGUAUUUGUACUCCGAUACAGUCUUACAUCGACGUUCAGAAGUUGAAGUGUUUCCGUCCAAGCUGGCGAGAUAGCGUUCUUGAUUUUUCAGAUAAUUCAGUUUUUUGUUAUUCUGGACAAGAUUUGCAUUGUAAUUCUGUAUAUACGGAUUUGCUCAAGCGGCGUAGGAAAAGGAAUGAUGUACCAAAAACUAUUUUUUGUCACGACCUCAAAGGAGGAUAUACAGAGGACAGGUUUGUGAAUGGAAGCAUGAGGCAUGCUGAGUAUCGCUUUUUCCAUUGGGCUGGCAUUGACACAUUUGUCUACUUCAGCCAUCAGCUGGUUACUAUUCCACCACCUGUUUGGAUAAACUCUGCACACUUACAUGGCACGAAAGUUCUAGGAACCCUGAUUACAGAGUGGGAUGAUGGGAAGAAAGUGUGGGGUGAAAUACUGGAAAGUGAUGGCACUGUUGAAGACUUUGUAAAUGACCUGGUCGCCAUCUGUUGUCACUUUGGUUUUGAUGGUUACUUGUUGAAUGUGGAAAAUAAUAUUCCACCAGAAUAUGUUACCAGACUGGAGCUGUUUGUUAAGUUGAUCCACAGCAGACUUCAUUCUAAGAUACCUUAUGCAGAGGUAAUCUGGUAUGACAGCGUCACGAAGGAAGGAAAACUUGAGUGGCAGAAUGAACUUAACAAUCUGAACAGGCCUUUCUUCAAUAAUUGUGAUGGAAUAUUUUUGAACUACACAUGGAAGGAAGACAAUCUGAAGAAAUCCGUAGAGAAUGCUGGUGCCCGUCACCUAGACGUAUAUGUAGGUGUCGAUGUAUUUGGACGCAACUGCUAUGGGGGUGGUGGUUUCAACUCCUGCCAGGCUGUUGAAUUGGCACGCAAGUACAACCUGUCACUGGCCCUGUUUGCUCCAAGCUGGGUGCAUGAAUAUCUUGGCAGUUCACACUUUGUGCACCUAGAGUAUGCAUUCUGGCAGAAACUGUGGCCCUACCUGUAUAUACAUGGACCAGCCCGACUGCCAUUUAGCACUACUUUCUGCCAGGGUUACGGAGAGAAGCUGUAUCGUAAUGGACAGGUGGUGUCAGACGCUCCAUGGUACAACCUGAGCAAGCAGCAAUACCAGCCUACUGUCCCUUCUUGCUUGAGUGACAGCUUCGUUGAACCCAUAUUGAAAGCAGGCGCUGGUUGUGUUGACGCAGAGGUGCUGCCACUCAUCACGACGGGCUGUGUCCAGCAUUGCUCCCAGGAUGCAUUCACUGGGGGCGGCUGCUUGCAGAUCAGUCGGUCCUGUAGCAAACAAAAGUCUCAGAGGAUCUUCGUUUGCAGAUUUGAUUGUGAGGGACAGAUCCUAGUUUCACUUGCGACGAAAACAACAGACAAGCGCAACCCGACACUGAACUUGCUGCUGCUGACAGAGGACAGUGAAGGAGUCUGCAGGACAUUGUCGCUGGUGGGAGAGGAAACGGGAGGCGGUUGUGGUGACCGGAAAUGUGUGUUUCCCCUAGAGCAGAAGGAAGUUGAGCAGCUGAAGUAUUGUUUGCAGGAGGAGGUGUUUGAUGAUGUGUCACCCUCUGUUGGAUCAGGCUGGAAACUCAGUCAUUACGUGUUGCAUCUCCGUGAAACGGUCGUGGAGAUCGCUGUGGAGUCGUGUGGGUCCCAUGACUCGGUGCUGCUUGGUCUCCUUAGAAUCCUGCCAUUGACAUCGUAGGAAUACCCCUCUGUAAGUUCCUACUGGUGCGGCAAGUGCCUCAUUUCUUCUGUAGAUACUGGAGUAGACGCCAUAAAACGUAGUGAACCUAGAAUUUUGUAAAUUUGUCAGUUGAUGGAGUGCAAAAUAAUGUGUGUUGUAAACGGACUUGAGAAGCGUUUGUGCUGUGCAGUAGAAUCUUUGACUGACUAAGGUGAUACCAAUGAUGAUGUUGGUACAGAUAUCUGGAUUCUGCUUGUUUUCGAAGUCAGUGGAGGUUGAUGACUCCUUCUGUCUUCGUGUCUCUCCUUGCUGUUCCCAAUCGUUUUUAUUCAACAUCUGCAGUGAGUUGAAUGAUGGAGCAACAUUCUUUUGUAACUGAUGGCAGAUUCCAGAACGUUUUGUAAACCCUGAGAGAGUUACAAUUCAUUGAUUCAAUAUGGCCACCUUUUAUCUGCUGGAACUGUAGGGUCCCACGGUGGUAAUGGAUUUACCUGCUGAGCUACAGGAGCUGGAAUUAUUAGUUCGGUGAAUGCUCAUUAGAUGGGAUGGCGGUAGUCUUCUGACAGUUGGGAAUUCAUUCAUACAUUGAUUUUAAAGUCGAAAUGUUCCUGCUUGGAGUACAUUCUUCAAUAAGUGCUUUUAUUAAUCAUGUUUUGGCAAUUCAUUGAAUGAACAGAGUACAUCUAGAAGGCAUUUCUUGUUUGCUUGGGAGAAGGAUAGUGAAAUGCUCGAUCAUCAUCGGUAGCUUUGAUAGGUUAGUUUGUUCCGUGCCAUGGGCUGUGGGACCCACACAUCCCCAAUAUCUGAAACGUAUUAAUGUUUUGUAACAAUCGCAACAAAAUUAUCAGACCCUUUAUUUAAUGAGCUUUCAAUGAAGGAAUAUUUAUGUGAUUCCUGAAUGUUAAUAUAGAAUGAAAUUUUAAAUUUUGUUAUGGUUCAGUAGGAAUUUGGAAUUAAAAUUUAUAUGACAACUGU